AAAUAAUUAAAAAGACACUACUAUGGCAAGACACGGUCGUAAUACAGAUAAACAAAGGUCUUCUAACAGCAAGAAGAAUGCUCCUUCUCAUCCUCACCAAAAGAAUACAAUGAAGAAGAGAGUUAGAAAAGAGGAGGAGAAGGCUUCAGAGCCAUGCAAAGAUUCCUCAUCUUUAUCGAAAACUCCUUUGCAAGAUGAAAAAAGUGAGAAACAGAAAUUUGAGAUUUUUGAAUUUACAAAGGAUGAACAGAUUUACAAGAAAGGCAUGUUCAAAAUAUGUGUUCUCAAAGGAGCCAUCCAGAUUAACAAUGCAAUCAUCAAGGCCCAAAAAGAGAGAGUCGAGCAUUACUGCUAUAAUGCUACAAGAUAUCCUAUUUAUGCAAUCAAGCAUGCUCCAAAAGAGUUUUAUACUGAAGACUUUGUUCCUCCUGAUACAGUGGGUCAAGAGGUUCCAUCUAUAGCAAGGAAAUAUAAGAAGCUCUCGUUUGGGCCUGAUCCGAUAAGCACUAUUUUCUAUAUCAAGUUUGAACAAAAGAACUUUGAUAAAUUCUAUAUUACUCAUCCUCUAGAAAAAUGUGGUAAAGUUGUCGAAUCUGUCUGGAAAAGUGGACUAAAAGUUAUUGAAAAUGACAUCAAUGAAAUGUUUGAAGCUAAAGAGAAUUUUGUCCCAGUUUAUAUCAAAGGUGAAAGUAAUUCUGGAAAGAGCAUGUUCUGCAAAGCCUUGAUCAAUAAAGUUCUCACUCAAAUGUCCUCUAAUAUAAACGUGAUUUUGCUAGAUAUUGAUCUCUCCCAGCCAAUUUUUGGAAUCCCUGGAUGCAUCAGAGCAAUAAAAUUUAACGCUCCUCUCUUAUCAAAUUAUGAACUAAACAUAGAUAACUCACUAAAAUCUGGAGGUGUAGCUGAGGUAGUGAAAUCUUACUUCAUUAAUGAGAUAAACUCUGAGAGAAAUGCAGAGUAUUACAAAGGUACAGAUUUUCAGAUUUCUCGAUCAUCUGAUCGAGAUCAACCGUUUCAUGGCAUGAUUGGGACUCUCUACAAAAGCCUCAUGGAAAAAGCAAAAGAAGAUGGUCGCACUGUCGUUAUUAUCAAUGCCUCAGAUGAUAGAUCUGAAAUGAAAAAUAUGAUUGUUUACAGAAUGGAGCCAUUAGAUUUUGAAAAAGGUAUUCUACCCAAAGAAAACAAGUCAAUAGAAUCUCUCGAUGUUUUACAACAUUAUAAAAGCUCAAAGGGAAGUAGAAGGAACAAACUUUUAAAAAUGAAUAUGUUCAACUGCACUCCUGAGUUAGAUUACUAUAAAGAAAAUAUGAGAUAUCCCAAAAAGAUCAUUAACUUCAAACACAAAGACAGAAUUCUUGAUGUCUUAUAUAGUAACAUGAAGGACUACAACAUGUUGCUUAAAUUACAACCGUGCCAUUACUAUUAUCGCAGCAAUUGCUACAUCAGCAUCGAUAUGAGCGAAGAAGUACACUCAGACAUGAAGAAUACAAAGCACAUGAAAGAUCUUUUUCAGGAAAGAGUUGUUGCUCUCUGAAAAGUAAAAUCCUCAGAUCUUGAAAUGAUCAAGAAAGAGCAUCCAGAACUCCAAAGAGAUAAUCCUUCUUAUGCUAACCCAGUUAUCGAUUUUGACAUAUUCAGAGAGUUCAACAUUCCUUUAGAACAGAUUCAGUUUGGCUUCCUUGACUCACUAGAAGUUGAUGAAAUUAAAAUCAAGCACAGGGGUGAUGAAGUCACUCCUCAAGAUGAAUCUGUAGAAGUCGUCAUAUGUGUCUGUGAUUACUUAAAUGCACACAAUUUGGUAAAAAACAAAGAAAAGAGGGGAUAUACAUUUGGUGAUACCGCUUCAAUAGACAAAGCUAAUGAAUAUGAGGGAACUUUCACAGAUUUUCUUUAUUAUGAAUCUAUAAAAAGGAUGUAG